AUUUGACAUUAGAAAAAAGGACACUAAAAUCGAAGUGUUCCUAUUUUCAUAAACCAAUAAUUUUAAGUUAGUUUUACACGAAUUAUUGAUUAACAGUUUGCGGAAUGUUUUUUGCGACAAAGAAAUCUAUCGACGUCCUUGUUCGUUCUAUCAAUGUUAAGAAUGCGGUUUACAAAGUGCAAAGUCGGAACAAGGCGUACGAGAUACAGCAUCAUCAGCACGACUGCCUGGUGAUCGGCGCCGGCGGAGCUGGGCUACGUGCAUCGUUCGGCCUCGCGCAGCAGAACUUCUCUGUAGCCCUGGUCUCCAAGCUCUUUCCCACCAGAUCGCACACCAUCGCUGCCCAAGGUGGCAUGAACGCUGCCAUUGGCAGUAUGCACGAAGACGAUUGGAGAUGGCACUUCUACGACACGGUUAAGGGCUCAGAUUGGCUCGGUGAUCAGGAUUCAAUCCAUUAUCUUACACGUGAAGCGCCCAACCGGGUGUUUGAAUUGGAAAACAUGGGUAUGCCUUUCUCUCGAACUAAGGAAGGUAAAAUUUAUCAGCGAGCUUUUGGUGGUGGAACUGUAAAGAAUGGAAAAGAGACAGCAAAGAGAACAUGUGCAGUGGCAGAUAGAACUGGUCACUCGCUGCUUCACACAGUGUAUGGAUACUGCACCAAGUUUGAUCACGUCGAUUUCUUUCACGAGUACUUUGUGCUUGACAUUAUCUGUCAGGACGGCGCCGUGGUCGGUGCACUCGCUAUGAACAUGGACGAUAGUACAUUGCACAGAUUUCAGGCAAAGAACACGGUGAUUACAACUGGAGGGUACCCACGAAUGUAUUUCUCGUGCACGGCCGCGCACACCUGCACCGGCGAUGGCUGCGCGAUGGCCUCUAGAGCUGGGAUACCGCUUCAGGACAUGGAGUUUAUACAGUUCCAUCCGACCGGUAUGUACGGUUCCGGAUGCCUGAUGACUGAGGGUUGUCGUGGAGAAGGUGGCUACAUAGUGAACAACAAGGGAGAGCGGUUCAUGGAGAAGUACGCGCCGAAAGCCAAGGAUCUCGCUAGUAGAGAUGUCGUCUCCAGAUCAAUGGCCACAGAGAUUAGGAAUGGUCGGGGUUGCGGACCUAAGAAAGACCAUCUACAUCUUCAACUACACCACUUGCCACCUGAAGUAAUAAGAGAUCGGUUGCCCGGUAUCUCGGAGACAGCCUACAUAUUCACCGGAGCGGAUGUGUACACGCAACCUGUACCUAUUCUUCCGACUGUCCAUUACACUAUGGGAGGAAUACCUAUUAACUACAAAGGGGAGGCUCUUAUAUAUCAAGGCGCAGAUUGCAUUAUUCCCGGUCUUCACGCUGCGGGUGAGGCGGUCAGCAAUUGUCAUGGAGCCAACCGCCUCGGAGCAAACUCCAUCCUUGAUGUCGUUGUUUUCGGUGCUGCUAUUGGUCAUAAUAUUGGUAGCAAGUUUAAGCCAGGAGAAAGUCAACCGCAACUGAAAGAUAAUAUCUGCGAUUCAACACUAGACAACCUUGACAAGGUUAGAAACGCAAAGGGAUGUGUGGCGCCGCACGAAUUGCGCGCCUCAAUGCGAAACACCAUGCAACAUAAGUGCGGCGUCUUCAGAGAGGCCAAGUUGCUGAAAGAAGGAAACACUGAAAUACAAAAGUGGUUCAGAGCUUUUGAACAAAUUCAUGUGACAGAACAGCGAGUAAACUGGAACACAGAUCUGAUAGAGACUCUAGAGCUUCAGAACAUGCUGCAGGCGGCUAUCCAGGUCGUUGCCUGCGCACUGAACAGAACAGAGAGUCGCGGUGCCCAUUUCAGGGAUGAUUUCCCUAAACGUAUGGACGAGAUGGAUUACAGCAAGCCAACCAAAGGACAGACAGUGAAACCAAUUGAACAGCAUUGGAGGAAGCAUAGCCUCUCUAUUCCAGACCUGGCCACUGGUAAAGUACACAUCUCGUAUCGUCCAGUCAUCGACAAGACUUUAGAUGAUGAAGUCAAAUUCAUUCCACCGGUGCCAAGAGUUUAUUAAUCAUUAUUAUUGUUGUGAUCGAUUUGUUUUGACCUUUAACUUGCACUCUCUUAAGUUAAAGCGUACCAUUGAUUUUGUGAAUGUAGACGAUUUGUAAAUAAAAUAUUGAAUAUCUCAUAUCUUUA